CGGUAUUCCGCCGCCCACAUUCUUUAUUAGCCCUUCUUAUAAUACAUCGGGCGUAGGCGUUCUUUCCAUCCGUAAUGGUCGCCUUCCACGCGUCCUCCGCGCUCCUCUCCUUUGCCCUUCUUGCGCCUGGCUUUGCCAACGCCUUCAAUCUUGAUGAUAUCAAAAGGGGUUCCGACUCCGUCUUACCGGGGAGGUACAUUGUCGAAUUCGAUAGCGAUGCUCACCUCACCUCUGCCGGUCUAAAGAGAGCCGCUACACCCCAUGAAUACUUCUAUAAAGAACUUGAUGCUCGCUCGUCCUCUUAUACUGUCCACCAGGAAUACGAUUGUGACUUGUUCUACGGCGCGUCUCUCUCCAUUUCCUCUGAUGUUGAUCUUGAGAGCCUGCUCGACAUCGCUGGUGUCAUCGAUCUCCGGGCUGUUCAUUUACUCACCUUGCCCGCCGAGCCCCUUUCCAAGGAAAACACCCAAUGGUCCGCCAGUUCUCACUCUUCGUCAUCCAGCUCUGCAUCUGCCACUGCUUCAGCUGCUUCCACUUCGGCACCGUUCUCCAACCUCCCCCAGAUCCAGGCUGACGUUGUCCAAGCCUCUGGGAACAAGGGAAAAGGAAUCAAAAUCGGUAUCAUUGACGGUGGUGUGGACUAUACACGAGAACCUCUUGGUGGCUGUUUCGGGCCCGGCUGCAAGAUUGCGGGAGGUUAUGACUUUGUCGGUGAUGAUUACGAUGGAACUAAUGAUCCUGUGCCGGACAACGAUCCUUACGACAACUGUUAUUCCCACGGCACUUUUAUCUCUGGCAUCAUUGGUGCCAACGAGAAUGUCUACGGAGCCGUAGGUGUCGCCCCCGAGUCGAGCUUGUAUGUCUACAGGGUGUUUGGUUGCAACGGCGCGGCUUCGGAUGACAUUGUCCUUGCGGCGAUGCAAAAAGCGUAUGACGACGACAUGGAUGUCAUCAACCUCUCUCUUGGUGAACCCUCUGGAUGGACCGAGAGUACACUUAGCGUCUUUGCCUCCCGACUUGUUGCCAGAGGCACAAUUCUCACCAUCUCUGCUGGCAAUCAGGGGCAAGUCGGUGGCUUUUACUCUUACUCUCCUUCCGCGGGUAAGGGAGUCAUCAACGUUGGUUCCAGUGACAGCUCUAUCUAUCCUGCUCAUCUGGCCACUGUUUCCACCGGUUACGGCCCCAUUGCCUACUACAACUACAAAGCGUACAGCGACAAGACGUUGCCCCUCUACACUUUUGACUCGGACAUCUAUGGAUGUACCUUGCCAGACGAUGUUCCCGACUUGUCACCUUACCUCGUCGUCGUCCGUCGAGGUGGAUGUUCCUUGUCUGAAAAGGCUCAAAACGUCUACAACGCCGGUGGAACUGCCAUCUUCGUCGUCAAUGACGAGACUUCCCUUCCCAUCUAUCAAAAUUUCCCUCUUAUCGACUUUGCCCUCAUUAGCGACGAUGACGGUAACUACCUCCUCAAUCAGCUCAACACAUCCGCCAACACCACCGUCUCUUUUUCUUUCAACCCUAUCGCCCUGCCCAACAUAUGGACAGCCAAUACCACAUCUUACUUUUCAGAAAUUGGUCCUACCAACGAUUUGUACUUUGCUCCAUCUGUGCUCGCCCCUGGUACCAACGUUGUCGGUGUCACGCCUACGGCUUUUUACAACUGGACUAUCGCGGAUGGCACUUCCUAUUCUUCUGCCUAUGCUGCUGGAGCUGCCGCUCUCUACCUCGCCGCCAAAGGUACAAACAAUGUCAGCCCGAGCGACGUCUUGUCUGCGUUCGAAGUCACUGCUCAGCAACUUCCCGUCUCCGUCUCUGAUAGCUCUCUUGUGAGCGUCGCUGUCCAGGGUGCAGGCAGAGUGCAGCUCAGCGACGCUAUCUAUGCCGUCGCCGACAUUUCUCCUUCCGAAAUUACAUUGAACGACACGGCCAACUUUGAUAAAUUGCAUGUGCUGACAAUCAAGAACCCUGGUAAGAAGUGGGUAACGUACAAACUGUCUCACGAGCCUGCCGGUACCGCUUUGGCUUUCCAAUCCGGGCUUAAUCAGUCGAACGACCAGCCUUUGCCCCAAGUAUCCAACGCAGCAUCCGUCAACAUCUUCCCUUCCUCACUCACCCUCUGGCCUGGUCAGUCUCUCCUCACGACCGUCAAGUUCACCGCUCCUACUGGUCUUGACGCUCAGACCUUUCCCAUCUAUUCUGGAUUCAUCAAGGUCACCGGCGGUGGCAGCACUGUCAAGGUCCCUUAUAUGGGUGUCGCGGCCAACAUGAAAGACAUGCCCGUCCUCGACCCUACGGAUUGGUAUCUCGGCAUGAACUCGCCUGCUAUCGUCGAUGUGGAUGGCAACGUCCAACAAGGCCCGGCAACAUAUACGUUUAGCAACGUGAGCUACCCCUCGGUGCUUUACCGUCUUGCCGGAGGAACACCUUUGCUCGUGAUUGACUUGAUUGACGCAAAUGCCAACCUUACUUUUACUCCCGAUUACACCACUCGAAAGCGUUCCCCGACUUUUGAACAGGAAACGGAGAACGACGAGCGCCGCCGCUCACUUUCCGCUCGACGUCUUAAAUCUACCGGCGCAUCCUUUGCUGCUACCACGAAGAGCAAGGGUCUCCACUCUCUUUGGUGUCACUUGACACACUAUAAAGCUUCCGGGUGCUCAAAGACUGGCAGCACGUUCCAGCAGGUAUCUAUCAUUGGGAACUUGUAUGUGGGCGAGUACUUGCCGAGGAGCACGGAUAACGUUGAUGGCCAAGGAGGGGAUUACUCGACCUUUGAAUUGAGUUCAGCGACAUUCUCGAAUGGGACGACUAUUCCCAAUGGAGAUUACAAAUUCCUUAUGAGGGCGUUGCACAUCACGGGGGAUAACACGAACGAAUCAGAUUAUGAAUCUUGGGUUUCUCAAUCAUUCACCGUUGCCCAAUAAGCUCACCAUCUCUGCUUUUAUGUGUGUGUUCCUAGUGUUUCAAGGACAGUUAUUAUCCAUACCGAACGGACAUUUCCAAACCAAAGGCUGCCAUGUACGUAGUUCAGUAGUAUAAUACGCUUUGCUUUUCUUUUUCUUUUUUUCCUUCCUGGAAUCUUUGGACACUCGCGAUGAGAAGAAAAAUAGCGUCAUGAAACGAUGAA